CGGGGAAAGCGAUGCCGUUGAGGCUGCGCUGGCUCUGGUGGUGGGCGCUGGUGUGCAGCAGCAGCCGGAGCUGCGGCGGCGGCGGCUCCCCGCCGCCGGUGCUGGCUCCCGCGGGCGGCAAGGAGCAGCCUCCGGCGCCAGUCUCCGCGUCCCCCGCGACCUCCGCCUCCUCCACGGCGGGCUUCCUCUACCGGCGCCUCAAGUCUCACGAAAAGCGCGAGAUGCAGAAGGAAAUCCUCUCCGUGCUGGGCUUGCCUCACCGGCCGCGACCCGCGCACGGGCUGCAGCAGCUCCAGCCCGACGUCGCUCCCCUUCCGCAGCAAGAGCAGCGGCGGCCGCCGCCGGUGCCGCCUCCGAGCCGGCUCAACUCGGCGCCACUCUUCAUGCUGGAUCUGUACAACGCCCUCUCCAGCGAGGAGGCGGCGGACGACGAGCGGGACUCCCCGGCCGCGCCCCCGCUGCAGCGCAAGGCCCUCCUGAGCUCCCACGCGGGGCCCUCCGGCGGCGCCCCCGCCCUGGCCAGCCCGCAGGACAGCGCCUUCCUGAGCGACGCGGACAUGGUCAUGAGCUUCGUCAACCUGGUUGAAUAUGAUAAAGAAUUCACACCUUAUCAGCGACACCACAAGGAGUUCAAGUUUAAUUUGUCUCAGAUUCCAGAGGGAGAGGCUGUUACUGCUGCUGAGUUCCGAAUCUACAAGGACUGUGUCUUUGGAGGCUUUAAAAACCAAACCUUUCUGAUUAGCAUCUAUCAAGUACUGCAGGAACAUCAGAACAGAGAUUCAGACCUGUUUUUGCUGGACACGAGAGCAGUAUGGGCCUCAGAAGAAGGCUGGCUAGAGUUUGAUAUCACUGCCACCAGUAACAUGUGGGUGAUAAACCCUCAGCAUAACUUGGGACUCCAGAUGAGCGUGCUGACCAGGGAUGGUCUCAGUAUAAACCCUAGAGAAGCAGGACUAAUAGGUCGAGAUGGCCCUUAUGACAAACAGCCUUUCAUGGUGGCUUUUUUCAAAGUGAGUGAGGUUCAUGUUCGAACUGCUAGGUCAGCUUCCAACAGGCGCAGGGAGCAGAGUCGAAAUCGCUCCACCCAGCCUCAAGAUGUUUCCAGGGUAUCCAGUAUUACAGAUUACAACAGCAGUGACCUAAAAACCGCUUGCAGGAAGCAUGAACUUUAUGUUAGCUUUCAAGACUUGGGAUGGCAGGACUGGAUAAUUGCACCAAAAGGCUAUUCGGCGAACUACUGCGAUGGAGAAUGUUCUUUUCCACUCAAUGCCCACAUGAAUGCCACCAAUCAUGCCAUUGUGCAAACCUUGGUUCAUCUAAUGAAUCCGGAGAAUGUUCCUAAGCCAUGCUGUGCCCCUACAAAACUUAAUGCAAUAUCAGUUCUUUAUUUUGAUGACAAUUCCAAUGUCAUUUUGAAAAAGUACAGGAACAUGGUGGUAAGAGCUUGUGGGUGUCACUGACAAGGAGAUCUUUAAAGAUGGAUCUCGCGUAUGCUUUUCAAAAUGACUUCCAUCCAGUGCCUCAAAGGGAAAAUCUAACAGUGUUUGUGCCUUAAGAAGGAAUUUUAAAAAGCAUGGAACUGCAAUGCUACUUGUUAACUUCUAAAGUGCUUGCACAAUGCUGUCUACUUUUGAGUGUGCCAGAAUAAACUGAAAGUAUGGAUCAUGAUAACGCAGCAAGAGGUAUAGACAAAAGCCAUCCUGUUGUUUGAUCUGCAGUUCAUUCUUGCUAAGCAAGCAUUCGUCAAAUCCCAUUCAAUCGCACAAGGAAAAGAAGAGUUUGUGAUUGUGCAUGAUUCAAGGCAUGAUUCACCCACACCUACAGCCAAUCCAAUCUAUCCUUGCUUAGCUUUAAAGGAUGCAAGAGAGCCUGAGAACCUGAUUCGUGAGCACCUUGAUCAUGGAAGCAUUUUGCAUUGGAGAAACCUAGCAGCUAAAGUACCACCAUUUGCUGUGUUUAAAUGAAAAUGUUGUGCCUGGCUUUUCAACAAGGAAUGUAACUGGUAAUGUGUCUUUAUGGGCUGGCUGUCAUAACAUACAGUUUUGUCUUGUAUUCCAGUGAUAAAGUUAUGGCUUUGAGAGCAAUUUUUGGUGGAAAGGCAGAGUAUCAAUGAAAUAAGUAAUUGUUCUUUAGAUUAACAGGAAAACCUUUGAAAGUUUGUUCUAAAGAAAAUUUCUAGGCUUACAUACCACAGUUCCAUCCUGUUGCAAGUUAUGGUCCAACUUUUUAAAGUACUGCCACUAUCCCUACUAAGUGUGUGCUUGUGUGUGUAUGUGUAUACAAACUCUGGUUCUUCAAAUGAACAAGAAAAAAGUAUGUGCAUAAACCAUAAUGAGCAUACUCAAGAAACAGUUAAAACAGAAGAUUAUCAAAACACUGUCAUAUAUAUUUAUAUAUAGAUAUAGAUAUAUAUUCAUUCUUUUAAUUUUGUGGCUUCUAGAAGGGGGAAGAUGGAUCUCCCCAAAUACUGAAAACCUGGCUGAGGAACAGCAAGGCUUCCAAAGUUCUUCUGAUCAGUGUAUCGGGAUGGGAAGUGAUAGGCGAUGCUGCAGGGCCAGACAUGGAGAUCGGCCUUGCACUUAUGGAAGGGCUACAUCACUACUCAGUCCCACUGGCCUAAAUAAAACAUGCAAUGUGAGUUUAUGGAGGUAAAAAAACUCGUAUCUCUCCUUGCACUUGCCUAUACCUUCUCAAUGAGACCUACCUCCCAACUAUGAUGAACACAAAUUGAAGGUGUGUAUGAUGCUUAUUUCCGAGAUUGGUUCCACAUGAAGUAUUUCCCUGAGGCAAGAUUUCAGAAGUGGUUUUCCCUUUACUCUGCAUUUUAAAAGGCUUUUGUAAAUAAAUUAAAGUUAUGAUUUAU